UCUUAAUAACAAAUUCAUUCUUCAGUCCUUUUGUCUUCUUCCACUUCACAAAUCUCACUCUCACAGAACCCUCGUCACUCUCUUCAAUCUUGGGAGUAGAGGUAGAAGAAGGCAGAACCAAGAUGGGUUCUGUGUCUCUGAAAAUAGGGGAUGGAACAGCCAGAUUCAGCAGAGCAACUCUGUGCUCUUCAGCAGUCAACAUCCUCAUGCUCCUUUCUGUGCUCACCACCAAUCUAUUUGCUCUCUAUGCUUUCACAUCCGCUCCAAAGGACCACCAAAACCACCUACUCCACAACACUCACAAGAACAUCUCUCUCAUAUCGGAGCAGGUAGCUCUGAUCCUCGGACAGAUCGAUGUCUCACAGAAAAAGCUAGCCAAGAUGGAAAAAGAGAUUCUUGGCUAUGAAAGCCUCGAUCUUUCAAGACCCAACCUUGCAAAAGAGCUCGAACUUUUUCUCCAGCACCACCAGCUCCCAUUGGGCAAAGAUUCAAGAACUGGGAUCACUGAAAUGGUGGCUUCUGUGGGCCAUUCCUGUGAGAAGUCUGUAGAUUUAUUGUCUCAGUAUAUGACUUACAAGGUCUCUGGGCCUUGCCCCGACGAUUGGAGCGCUGCCCAGAAGCUUAUUUUGCGUGGAUGUGAGCCUCUGCCGAGAAGGAGGUGCUUUGCCAAGUCUGCUCCCAAGGUGGGCCUCUUCCCCUUUCCUAUUUCGCUUUGGAAACCUGUUAGUGAUAAGAUUUUUACUUGGAGUGGCCUUGGGUGUAAGAGUUUAGAGUGUUUGAACAAAAAGAAAAUGAGUAGAGAUUGUGUUGGUUGUUUUGAUUUGGUAAAUGGGUAUGAGAAUCAGAGAUUUGUUAAGGGUAGAAGCACACAUGAUUUUCUGAUUGAUGAUGUUUUAGCUUUGGGAAAUGGAGGGAUCAGAAUUGGGCUUGAUAUUGGAGGUGGGUCGGGGACCUUUGCUGCUAGAAUGGCAGAGAGGAAUGUGACUGUGAUCACUAACACUUUGAAUGUUGAUGCCCCAUUUAGUGAAUUCAUUGCUGCAAGAGGACUAUUCCCUCUGUUCUUGAGUUUAGAUCAUCGGUUCCCUUUCUAUGAUAAUGUGUUCGAUUUAGUUCAUGCAGCGAGUGGAUUUGAUAUCGGGGGAAAACCUGAGAAAUUGGAGUUCUUGAUGUUUGAUAUUGAUCGCAUUUUGAGGGCUGGCGGCUUGUUUUGGUUGGAUAACUUUUACUGUGUAAAUGAUGAGAAGAAAAGGGAGCUAACAAGGUUGAUUGAAAGGUUUGGAUAUAAAAAGCUGAAAUGGGUUGUGGGGGAGAAAGUGGACGCAGCUGGGUCGAAAUCAGAGAAUUAUUUGUCUGCCGUUUUGCAGAAGCCUGUAAGAGUAUGACAGUAAGGAGCUUCAGUAGGAAACCGCAAGAGGUAAAAUAUUAUUUGCUAGUUCUAUCUUUGUUCUCACAGAAUCAGUGUGAGUUCAUUGCUUCUUCUAAAGCAGAAUAAGUGCAUCAAUUUUUUUUCUUUUCCCAACUGCAAUUCAGCAGUGAAGGAUGAUUUGUAAUGUAAUUUUAAGGUUGCUACAUUUCUUAUUCCGCACUUUAGUGGAUAGUCUUUGAAUAUUAAUUAAAUGAUUAAGCUUAAGCUUUUGGGAUAA